GGAGCCGGAAGCCGUCGACCGAGCUGGUAUGUUGCCCUCCGCGGGCUGCAGUGCAUCAUGCUCCGUGGCCCCAGCCGCAUCUUCAGGGUCUCCGUGGCACCCGUCGCGGCCCUGGCUGUGGCGCUGGUCUCGUCGCUCUCUCGCUGCUCCCUCUUGGAGCCGGAGGACCGUGUAGUCUCGCCGCUCAGCCCCUACUUCGGCACCAAGACUCGUUACGAGGAUGCCAACCCUGGGCUGCUGCCGGACCCCGAGGCGCCACGGCGGGACCCACAGCUGUUGGAGGAGACCUGCACCCCGGUGCAGCUGGUCGCCCUCAUCCGCCACGGCACCCGCUACCCGACCACCAAACAGAUCCGCAAGCUGCGGCAGCUGCACGGACUGCUGCAGGCCCGCGGGCCGGGUUAUGACCGGACCCGCGCUGCCGGCGGCGGCGACCUGGGCGCUGCGCUGGCCGACUGGCCGCUGUGGUACGCGGACUGGAUGGACGGGCAGCUGGUGGAGAAGGGGCGGCAGGACAUGCGACAGCUGGCCCUGCGCCUGGCCUCCCUUUUCCCGGUCCUCUUCAGCCGAGAGAACUGCGGCCGCCUGCAGCUAGUCACCAGCUCCAAGCACCGCUGCGUGGACAGCGGCGCCGCCUUCCUGCAGGGACUGUGGCAACACUAUCACCCUGGGUUACCUCCGCCCGACGUCGCAGACAUGGAGUGUGGACCUCCAAGAAUUAAUGAUAAAUUAAUGAGGUUCUUUGAUCAUUGUGAGAAGUUUUUAACUCAAGUGGAAAGGAAUGCUACGGCUCUUUAUCAUGUAGAAGCCUUCAAGACUGGACCAGAAAUGCAAAACAUUUUAAAAAAAGUUGCAGGUAUUUUGCAAGUGCCAGUCAACAACUUAAAUGCAGAUUUAAUUCAGGUAGCUUUUUUCACCUGUUCAUUUGACCUGGCAAUUAAAGGUGUUAAAUCUCCUUGGUGUGAUGUUUUUGACAUAGAUGAUGCAAAGGUUUUAGAAUAUUUAAAUGAUCUGAAACAAUAUUGGAAAAGAGGAUAUGGGUAUACCAUUAAUAGUCAAUCCAGCUGCACCCUGUUUCAGGAUAUCUUUCAGCACUUGGACAAAGCAGUUGAACAGAAACAAAGUUCUCAGCCAAUUUCCUCUCCAGUCAUCCUUCAGUUUGGUCAUGCAGAGACCCUUCUUCCACUGCUUUCUCUCAUGGGCUACUUCAAAGACAAGGAGCCCCUAACAGCUUACAAUUACAGGGAGCAAAUGCAUCGGAAGUUCCGAAGUGGUCACAUUGUACCCUAUGCCUCAAACCUAAUAUUUGUGCUUUACCAUUGUAAAAAUGCUAAGACUCCUAAGGAAGAAUUCCAAGUGCAGAUGUUACUGAAUGAAAAGGUGUUACCAUUGGCUCACUCACAAGAAACUGUUUCUUUGUAUGAAGAUCUGAAGAACCACUACAAGGACAUCCUUCAGAGUUGUCACACCAGUGAAGAAUGUGAACUACCAAAAGUGAACACAUCUGAUGAGCUAUGAAUAACUGGAAAACAUUUUUAAUUCAUCAGGAAUCUCCAGGGAGUGAUCCCAUGCUUGGAAUAGGUGGGCAAUCCCUGGCUACAGCAAGCUUUAACAUUACUUGGGUAUUUCUGUCUUUUCAAAGAAAAACGUUUCUUUUUGAAUCUGGACAUGGAUGUGUAAGAAAUGAUUCUUCACUGGAGCAGCUCUCUUAAGGGAAAAUAAUCUAUUCAAAAAGAUAACUGGCACUACAGACAUUUACAGAAGUUAAAUAUUUAUGUAAGAAAACUCACACUGGGCUUCCCUGGUGGUGCAGUGGUUGGGAGUCCACCUGCUGAUGCAGGGGACGCGGGUUCAUGCCCCGGUCCGGGAAGAUCCCACAUGCCACGGAGCGGCUGGGCCCGUGAGCCAUGGCCGCUGAGCCUGUGCGUCCGGAGCCUGUGCUCCACAAUGGGAGAGGCCACAACAGUGAGAGGCCCACGUACUGCAA